AUGUCUGGCUCAAAAACUGCAGGAAUGAAUGAGCCUGUCCAGAAAUCCCGACAAAAGCCAACGCGAUCUGAAAGCCAUGACCUCAUUGACAUCACAUAUCAUAAGAACGCACCUCGAAACCCAACACAAUGGCGACCAUCAUAUCAUUUCAUCGCACCAACUGGAUGGAUGAACGAUCCUUGUGGCAUUGGCUAUGACCCAGCGACAGGUCUAUACCAUCUAUCCUUCCAAUGGAACCCACACGGCAACGACUGGGGCAAUAUGUCCUGGGGCCACGCCACGUCCCCAGACCUGAUAUCAUGGACGACAUACAAAGAUCCAAUUCUGACACCAACGGCCGAUUAUGAUUGUCGAGGCGUCUUCACAGGAUGUCUACGAUCGACCGAUAUUUCCGGCAAUCCGGGAUCUCUCACUGCCAUAUACACCUCUGUGAGCAAUCUGCCACUUCAUUAUACGCUACCAUAUGUCAUUGGGAGCGAGUCGCUUAGUAUAGCUGUCUCACAAGAUGGCGGUAUAACCUGGGAACGUCAGGAUUGUAACCCAAUCAUCGCUGGUCCCCCUGAGCAGUUCACCGUGACAGGCUGGAGAGAUCCGUGUAUCACGACUUGGGCCGAGGGGCCUCUUUCCAAGGAUGCACCGGCAACUCUAUACGGAUUUAUCUCCGGGGGGAUUGUUGGCAAAACACCAACUGCUUUCGUAUAUACUGUGGACCCCAACGACCUGCGCAAAUGGGAGUUCCUUGGUCCAUUAGUCGAUGUCGGUCUGAACCUUCGACUUUCCCGCUGGUCCGGCGAUUUUGGAGCAAAUUGGGAAGUUGCCAAUAUGAUGACUCUAUCCGAUGGACGUGUUUCGAGGGAUUUCGUUAUCAUGGGAGCGGAAGGAUGUCUGUCCUCGGAGGGCACAAUCAAAGACGGAGUUCGAGAAGCUGGUAGCAAGCGAGAACCACGAGGCCAGCUUUGGAUGUCUAUCAAAGCAUCUGAAAAGCGCGACUCCAAUUCUACAGAUGAAGCCUUGGCUUCGUAUGCAUUCUCUGGGUUCCUCGAUCACGGCUGUUACUACGCAGCGAACUCAUUCUGGGAUGUCCAGACUUCCCAGCAAAUCGUGUUCGGAUGGAUCACAGAAGAGGAUCUUUCCGAUUCUUUGCGUCAUCGUCAAGGAUUCAGUGGCUUGACUUCUCUACCCCGUGUUGUUAAAUUGAUGACGUUGAACAAUGUCACGAAGGCCCGCAACUCGUCAUUGAGUUCAAUUACCUCAAUUGAGGGUGUUCCCGAUGCACCAGGCACAGGCACUUCGACUGUUCAUACGAUGAAGAUUACCCCCGAUAGCCGGCUUUCACGUCUUCGAGAAGGUGCCCAGAAGAGCCAACUUGUUGAUGUACCAUUGUCUACUACCCCCAAGGUCAUGACGGCAUUACAAUCAACGAGAUGGGAAAUAGAAGCUGAGUUUUCUGUCGGUCAAGCCUGUGCACGCGUGGGCAUCAAAAUCCCGCAUACUUCCGACUCCCAAGACCAAAACUGCACGACACUUUCCUGGAUUCCAGAUAGUGAAACAUUCAUCAUCCACCGACCGCACCUCGACAACGCAGAAGUAAACCAAGGCUUUGAGACCGCGCCGCAUACACUAUUCACUUUCUUGAAAGAGGGACAAGAAAUCGAAGAGACCCUUCGAGUACGCGCUUUCUUUGAUGCCAGUGUCUUGGAAGUAUUCGUUAAUGACCGAACGGUCAUUUCCACUCGUAUCUAUUACCCGGAUGACCACAGUUCCGGACCUAUCUUCUUCGCAGAAGGCGACACCACCAACAACGAUGGACGACCCCCCGCUACCCUCCUGAAAGCUGAUAUCUGGGAUGGAAUCGGAGUAUGA